AUGCAGUCGAUAUGUGCGUCUUACUGGAAAUUCGGUGUCAGGGACCGAAUCAUCUUCCACGGAUGCGACCCGGACGAUGGCGAUCAGAUUCUCGUCGUUUUCGAAAGGCUGAGACAAGGUGUUGCGCGGUUAUUCAUCGUCCUGAAAAUCCAGGAUAGAAUACUCGCCCAUUCGAAGUCCACCUGUAUCGAUCUGAGCGCGGACAACAUCUACUCGUCCGACGGCUUCCGGCUCGAAUGCGACGCACCCAUGCGUCGAUGGAGGCUAGCGUUCAAUGGAGUCAUGGACGAAGGCAAUGAAAAGCGUCAUGUUCGAUUCGGAAUGCGCUGGAGCGCAGGCGGUCACGCUUUCGAGUGGCCUAAACACUUAUCAGCGAAGGACUUCUACAACUUGAUUGAGAAAUCAUCGUUGGGCGCUCUUCUAAAUUUUGUUGAGCGCGGAUGCCAUUCGAUACACAGUUACGAUCAGAAUGGCACGCUCUACGCUCAAAUCGAAGUGGACCGAUCCCUGACGGUCGAGAAACCGCUUUUCGGGGGCCGCUUCAAAGAGAUUUCUCGCAAUACAAUUUUCCCCGCGGGCUGCAAGCACUACUUUGGGUAUGCGAAUGAUGGCUCCUCGAUGCAUUUGGCGAGCCCCGAGGGACAAACCUCUCGGAAUGGAAGUUACCCACUUUGCGGGUCCGUGUACUCAGUCGGUCGUUUCAUGAAAGCGGUCCGCAAAGGAGAAAUCAUCGUCUCUCCGGAGAAGUUGAAGCUAAAUUUCCAGGUGGAGACCGACUCGUAUGAGGUGGAUCUGCAGCCGAUUCAGGAAGCCUUUGCCGGCCCUCAGGGAUUUUCCGCGCGAAUGUUCGGAGGCACAGCCCUCGUUGAGGGCCGUGAACUCAAGAUCAGCAUUUUCCGGGUGGAAAUUCCAGGGGAGGACGAAUCGAUAUCUUUACCGGAAGAAUUCCUGGCUACUUUCGUCCGGAAAAACACGAUGACUAUCGCCCCAUUGAUCGUUGCGAGCGGAGAUGAGGAAGCGCGUCAGUGUCAACUCACGGGCGGCAAGGGGAGCUCACUGGCUUUGCUGAAUGCUGUAGCAAAGCAGUCCGGAACUCAUGAACCAUCGUUCGCAGUUCCGAACUUCGUGAUUCUCACUGUGAAGGCGUAUUCUGUCUUCGCUGAACAAAAGAGUUGCAAACAGGCAACCGAUAGACUUGCGGAGGGAAUAGCCGCGGGAGGAGACGUCAAGGCUCAGUGUAUCGAAUGCAACCGAGACGUUUCGGCGACUCCGCUUCCUGAAACACUGCGAGCAGAGCUGAUAGCGUCUCUCACUUCAACGUUCGGAACGUCGUGGGAGUCGAAUCGUUUCGCUGUGCGUUCUUCAGCUGUCGGGGAAGAUUCUGAGGAGAUGUCCGCUGCCGGACAGAUGACUACCUUGCUCGGGGUUCAAGGUGAGGCCAAUUGGCUGGAGGCCAUCGAAAAAGCUGUCACGGAAUGCUGGGCAUCCCAAUUCGCUUUCACAGCUGUUCAAUAUAAGAGACAAUAUGGUCAACCGAUCCUCUCAAAUAUGGCGGUGGUCAUUCAAGAAAUGGUCGCACCUGACGCAGCGGGGGUGAUGUUCACCUGUGACCCGGUCACGGCAAAUCCUCUGUACACUGCGAUAACCGCCAAUUUUGGACUUGGCGAAUCCGUCGUGUCAGCGACGGCGGAGCCAGACACAUUCGUUUUGAAGAAGAAUCGAAGCGAGCAAUACGAUGUCGAGGAGACCAAGAUCGGAGCCAAGUCUGAGGUUAUCGUUCUCAAUGAAAACGGUGGCACGGAGACGAGAUCCUCCGGCGACGAGAGUAAAGAGACCUGCAUAGACGAGGCAUUCGCGAUACGGCUUGCUCGGGUUGGAGACAUCAUUGACAGAUUCUUUGGUAUCUGCCGCGACGUAGAAUGGGCGACGAAAGAUGGCAAAAUCUUCCUCCUACAGUGUCGGCCGGUCACGUCGGCAUUGCGAGAAUCUGACUUCGAAAUCGAACAUGACAAUAAUAGCUCGUUGCGCACGAACAGGGAACUGCUUUCGAGAGGAAAUUUCGACGAAGUGCUGCCGGGAGCGCUGCCUACACUGACCUCGUCAGUGAUGCGCUAUUUCUUCGACAACCUCGUCAAGUACCGUUUCUUGGAAUUCAAGCCCGGUCAGGAGUAUGAGAGGAGCGCUUAUGUCUACCUCGGAGGCUUCAGUAUCGGAAAAAAGUGGUGGAUGAAUUUUUCCGAGCCCGGACUCAGGAAAAAUAACAACGACCUCAAGGGCAUCGGUGCGUCGAUGUUCGGAAGGGAUAUAUCGCAAGACGAAGCUGUGAUCAAUUCGAUAUGCCAUCUCCGACCUCAAAAGUUUUACGCGCCGUAUAUGGCGGGAUUUUACGCCAUUAGGUCGCUCGGACGCACAGCCGAAGCUUUGACGAAAGCUCGUGAAAUCGAGAGAGACUUCCGGGUCGAGGUCAGCGAAGACAUGUCCGCCGAGGAUAUCAUCGAUACCAUAAUAAAUAGUAUGCACAAGUGCAUUAGCAGCGGAGCGUACCUGAUAGAAGCGACGAUUCCGAACUCCAUAUACGGCGCCGCGAUACCAGCUCUCGUCGGCUUGUCUAUCGGCAAAGAAGCUCAGAGUCCCGAAACGACUGCUUUCUUCACUCGUCUCAUGAAGUCGGGACACGAUAUUGAGAGCGCCAAUAUCCCUCUUUCUUUAGCGAAACUUGCCGCGCUCAUCCGGGAGUCUCCUCGAGGCGACCAGUUCUGUGACAUGCCAGACAGCGAAGCUUUAGAAUGGCUUGAGAAAUCCGAUGAACCCGCAGCAACGGGAUUCAGAGAAUUCAUGAGGCGCCACGGUCAUCGCUGUUAUAAGGAAUUCGACCUGAUGUCGAACCCGUGGAUCAUUGAACCAGAGAAAUUGAUUCGAGUCCUCAAAGCUUCCGUGAAGGCAAGCGAGACUUCUCGGGCUUCAAGCGAUAGCGAAGAAGGAUUGAGCGUCGACGACUUGCCGAGCUCAUCGCGUUGGAUCUACAGGAGCCUUCUAAAGUGGUUACUCCCGAAAGCACAGUUCGCAGUUUACGCUCGAGAAGCGACAAAAUCGUCUCUUGUUUCCGUCAUCCAUCAGCUUCGGAUGGCUUUCCGAACGCUGGCGAAGCGAAUGGUACACGAGGGAAGAUUACCAUCAGCAGACUUGGUGUUUUUCUUGUCGGUAGAAGAACUUCGGAGGCUUAUUCAUCAGCGAAAUCCUCUUCUGGUGACAAAGGCCAUCCGGAGGAGUCGCAUCCAUCCGAGAUUGGAUAAAGCUAAAUUCAGGAGUCUACAGUGCGGGAUGCCGAAACCGAUCAAGUUGGAUCCGAUCGUUCCCGGGACCACGGGCCAGAUCCAGUUCAAGGGGACGGCCGUGAGUCUCGGCGUGGUGGAAGGUAUCGCUCGGGUGAUCAUGGACUUCGAAUCCGAGGCUCAUCUGAUCCAGAAAGGAGAAAUCCUGGUCACGAACGCAACGGACACAGGUUGGACGCCAUACUUCCCGCUGCUCUCUGGAGUUGUGACAGAACUUGGCGGAUUCCUCUCCCAUGGAGCGGUCGUCGCAAGAGAGUUCGGACUCCCCGCCGUCGUCGGCGUCCUUGGAGCAACGUCGUACAUUUCCCAAGGAGACCGUAUCGUGGUCGAUGGUGCCAAUGGAACCGUGACCAAACUGGUCGAUUGAAGGAACCGCGUGCUACGGAUAAAACUAUUUUUAUGAUAUGAUAUCUCCUCGAGAGAAUCGGAAGGUAAUCUCGAGACGCGUUUCUUACGCCCAAAUCAAAGCCUCUUAUAUACGAAUAAAUCAGUGAGUCCGUAUCGA